AUGGCGGACAAUACAAUAUCAUCCAUAGGAUCAUUUGCCAAUCAACGUUCUUCUGUUAAUUUAGUAGUAACUCGUAAAAAGAUAGUAACUAAAUAUAAAGAUUCAAUGCCUCAAAACAGUUCAGUUCAAACAGAAUCAUCAUGGUCAUGGAAAUCAUUUGUUGCAUUUGGUAUAUUUACAACUAUAUCGAUGAUCACUGCUAUUUUAGUUGUAUGUUUAACUACACCAGGAAAAAGAGAUAAUCCAUGUCCGAUAAUAUACAAAACACUACCUGACAACUUAGUCAAUCAAAAUUCACGACCACAGUCUGUAGCCUCUGGUGAAUUUAAUGGAGAUGGUAAAAUUGAUAUUGUAGUGGUGAAUACUGGCAUUGAUAGCAUGACAAUUUUUUUUGGUAUUGGUGAUGGAAAGUUUACAAAUGAUACACAAUAUUCAACUGGUAUAGGAUCUAAACCAUAUUCUGUUGCGAUCGGUCAUUUUAAUAACGACAAUUUCAUUGAUAUAGUUAUUGCCAAUUAUGGAUCUCAUAGCAUAGGAAUUUUUUUUGGAUAUGGAAAUGGACAUUUUACACUUGAAGUAACAUAUUCAAUUGGUAUUUCUCAGCCACUAUUAGUUCUCGUUCAUGAUGUAAAUAAUGAUGAUCAAUUAGAUAUUAUAUCUGUUAAUAAUGGUACCAAUAGUAUAAGUAUUAUUUUUGGAUAUAAUAAUGGAACGUUUUCACGUGAAAUGUUAUAUUCUACUGGAUAUGAUUCUUUGCCUUUUGCAGCUGCUAUUGGUGACUUUAAUAAUGACAAACAAGUUGAUAUCGCCAUUAUUAAUUAUGGUACAUGUACUGUCAGUAUUCUUCUCGGAUAUGGACAAGGAUUAUUUGCCUUUGAAAAUAUUUAUUUUAUUGGUUAUAAUGCACGACCAUAUUCCAUAGCUGUUCGAGACUUGAAUAAAGACCAUAAAUUAGAUAUUAUUGUUGGUAAUAGUGGAACUGGUACUGUUGUGGCCUUUUUCGGAUUUGGAAAUGGAACAUUUGGAAAUAAAUCUACAUUUACAAGUAAUAUUUUUGGUCCACAAGAGAUCGUUAUUGCUGAUGUAAAUAAUGAUGAUGUGGAAGAUAUUAUCAUAACUAAUAGUUUCAAUAAUAGUGUAUGGAUAUUUAUAGGUGAUAAUGAAGGAAAUUUUUCAACACAAAUAACAGCUUCAACAGGUGUAAAUUCUAAUCCUACUUCAAUUAUUAGUGUCGAUCUCAAUAAUGAUAAAUAUAAGGAUGUUAUUGUAGUUGAUAAAGGUACAAAUAAUAUUAUCGUAAUGCUUGGUUAUAGUCCCAUUAGUUUUUUAAAUAAAACAAGAUAUUCUAAUGGAAUUGAUUCUCCAUCGUCAGUUGCUGUUGGUCAUUUUAACAAUGAUAAUCGAUUAGAUUUUGUCGUAGUUAAUUCUCAAGGUAGUAACAUAGUAAUAUUUCUUGCAGAUAGUAAUGGAGGAUUUACAAUGAACGAUACCUAUUCCACUGGAUUUAUGACCUAUCCAAAAACGGUGGCUAUUGCUGAUUUUGAUAAUGACACUCAAUUAGAUAUCAUUGUUACAUUUUUUACUGAUGAUGUGAUAAAAAUAUUUUUUGGAACUGGUAUUGGCAUAUUCGGAAAUCGAACAAGUUACUCAACAGGAGUAGAAUCUGGAUCUCAAUCAAUUGCCAUUGGUGAUGUCAACAACGAUGGACGAUUAGAUAUCGUCGUUGGUAAUGUAUACGCUGCAAAUAUCGGACUAUUUAUUGCAAUUGAUUAUAGAAAAUUUGAAUAUCGAACAAUUUAUAUGAUUGGCAAUAAUGCUAAUCCAUAUUCGGUGGCUCUUGGUUAUUUUAAUAAUGACAAUCGAUUGGAUAUUGUCUUUGCUGCUGAUGCAGAGAACAAUUUAAUCAUUAUCUUCGGUUUAGGAAAUGGAACUUUUAUAAAUCCAGCGGCAUUUCCACUUGGUUACGAUUCUGCUCCAUAUUCAAUCGUUCUUGCUGAUUUUAAUAAUGAUACCAAACUUGAUAUUGCAGUGGCUUGUCAAAAAUUAUUCAAUAUACAAAUCUUUCUUGCUUUAGCAAAUGGAACUUUUGCAAAUCCGAAACCAUAUUUGACUCAAGAUAAAGCUCCUCCAAUCUCCAUUGCUAUUUCAGAUUUUAACAACGAUAAAAUACUUGAUAUUGCUGUUGGACAUUUGAAUUCAAGUUAUAUAGGUAUUUUUAUUGGGAUUGCUGAUGGAUCUUUUACAAAUCAAAUCACAUUUUCAACUGGAAAACAAACUUCAUCGUCUGUAAUUGCUGUUGGUAAUUUCAACAAUGAUGAUUAUAUGGAUGUUGUUAUUGCUAAUACUCAAUUGAAUAAUAUCGAAAUAUUUAUUAGAUAUGAUAGUGGAGGCAUUAUCCAUUCACAUACUUAUUCAACUGGCUCUGCUACUAAUCCGCAUUCAAUUCUCGUUGGAGAUUUCAAUCAUGAUAAUCAAUUCGAUAUUGCUGUUGCUAAUUAUGGUACUGGAACUAUUAGUGUACUAAUUGCGUAUGGAAAUAUAACGUUUGCACCUCAAAGAAAUUAUCAAACAGGUUUGAAUUCUUUACCAAAAUCCAUUAUUGUUGCCGAUUUUAAUAAUGAUUUGGCAUUAGAUAUGAUUGUUGCUAAUUUUGGUAAAGAUAAUAUUGGUUUGUUCUUCGGAUCUGGUAAUGGAACAUUUAAAAACCAAAAAAAGUAUUUAACUGGUUCUGGUUCUCGUCCUUCUUCGAUUGCUGUUAGUGAUUUCAACAAUGAUAAACAAUU